AUGCACGCCCAAUUAGAGAACGCUGUCGUAAGCGGAGUGCACAAAAAUGGAGUGGAGAAUUUGUGGCGAUGCGCCAAACAAAAAUUUAAGAGAAAGAAUGGCACGUGCGAUGCUUACGUACAAUCAUACCCUGACGAAUUUAUGUGGCUGAGCACCAUAGGAGAUAGAAAAAAGCGGUUCCAAAAAGCCCUGGAACUUAUACGACAAUAUUACGCGGGACACUGUUACCAGUACCUGAAUGCUGAUUAUCAAUUUUUAAAAAUCUAUUUUAUGGGCAAUUCAGAUGCGGAAGUUGAUAAUCGUUGUGCUCUCAAUUUAACAGUGAAGAGAACCAUUGUCCAUGAAUUACAAAUGUUUCUUCAUCAGAAUGACAAUUUAGUAAACAUGUUUAAAAUAGCGUUUGAUUGGAUGCCAUCUGAUAGUCAUAGGUCUGACAAAACACCUGCCGGUAAACACACAGGGAGGUUUAAUUCACCUACCAUUGACGAAGUGGCUGUUGUUAUUGUGGGAGAAAAUUUACAAUCUAGAGAUAUUGUGCUUCAUUGUCGGAAUAGUGAUUUAAAACGAGUAUCUGAAGCUCACAGGAGUUAUGAUGCAUUACAAUUAGGGAUGCACCGAAGUUCGGCCCCGACUCCGGCCCGGCCAAAAUCCGGCUUUUUUUCAAAUCCGGCUGAAUCCGGCCCCGGCCGGAUUUGGUGGCCGGAUUUAAGCGUCUAUCAACAUUUUAAAAUGUUAUAA